CCUAAUCUUCCCAUGGCCGACAAAUAUUUUUUAUGAGAAAAUAUUUGAUUCUCCCUCCAUCUUCCAAUCUUUUUAGUUCCCUUCCCAUUACAAAUCAGUUUUCCAUUCCAAACCCUAACAAACGUUUAACAAAAAAAACACCCCUUCUUCAUCGUUUUGAACUCCUUCAUCAUUUUCUCUACUUAUUGAAACUUCUUCAUUGCUCUCUGAGCUCUGCAGCAGCAAUGGACGACUACGAUUACAACGAGGAAACCAAGGGAGUGGGCCCUGUUUCAUUCAUUUUUUAUUUUAUCUCUUCACCCGAAAAAGCUGUUCAUCUUAAAGUUACUGCUAAUAUAAUUUAACACCAAUUGCAGUCGCGGCUUCCAAUCAGGGAAACACCCGCAUGUUUAAAAGAUUCCUUGUUCGAUGCUCAAAACCCAGACGACCAAUAUAAUUAUUAACUCCACUCAAAGCGAAAUAUGCCGAGACCAACAACCCCAUGGCUUCUGAUCUCUCCUCUGACUGCUCCGUCUUCUGCGGCGUCUCCUGCUCUUCUCCUAUCCACCGCCGUGAUCUAGUUUUCAUCAUCAAUCCUGGAGGUGCUAAUGGGAGAACCGGUAAAGAGUGGAAGAAACUACUUCCUUAUCUUCAAUCUUGCCUCGGCAGUGAUUGUAAUAUAUCUGAAUCUUUGACUUCGGGUCCUUCUCAUGCAAUUGACAUUACUAGCGAGGCAAUAAGGGAGGGUGAAAGAGUAUGCAGUGCCUGGGAUGGACUGAAGUACGCUUUGACAUGCAGAGAAGUGAUUGCUAUUCUUAUGCAAAGGCAUGUUAUGGUAGAUGGGAAGGUUAGGACUGAUAAGACCUACCCUGCAGGUUUUAUGGGGUGCACAUGGUUUCAUGAGGACACAUAAAUGGCGUGAUUCCAUAGGAGCUUUUAUAAAUGUGGAAGCAUCUAGGACAGGAGGUCCUGGUUCUUGGCCUUCUUCCGUCUAUGCUCAAUUAGCAAUUUAUCCCAUGGCACAUAGUGCAGCCCAGGGAAGAGAAUUAACCAUUGCAGAGAAAACAAAUUAUCUGGAUUUUAUGAUCAAUGCUUUUCAGAUGGGGGUUGGAGAAUACGAUCAAAGGGAAAACAUCAGAUAUGGUGAUUCCCAGCCAAGCAGUGGCUUCUUAGGCACCCAACAUGUUGCACAACCAAGCAUGACCAGAACUUUUAAACCUACAUGUUGAGUUCCUUACAUUCUUAUAGGAUUCACACUCAAGGAGCAAGAAACAUCUCAGCAACUCAUUGGGAUCGAGCAGUCAAAAUUCAGAAUCAAGUGACACGCAAGAGCUAGAUUUGGAGCUUAGGCAUCCUUGAAAUCGAUAAUUUUUUGCUACUUUAAAUGCAUGCUCAUGGAACUACAUUUUAUGCUUUCCUAGAAUUGUAAGUUCAAAUAAGGUGUUGAUAUGCAAUUUAUACAUACAACUUGAGCAAGUUGAUAUGAACUAGUUUGAAUUUUUUUAAAAAAAAUUUCAAAGGAAUCUUAUGUAAUCAAAGGCAAUUUGACUUGCUGCAUGAGAUAUAGUGAAAAACAUUGAUCUUCUUGUUCAUGAA